CACAUUCAACUCGCACGAUUUGCAAAUGACAGCUUGAGAGAGUGGACGUGUUCGGGAAUAACUUCUUAUAUAAUGAAUAUAUUUAUAUCAGGAUUCGCUUUAUUGAGUGUGCUAUGUUUAUCUCUAUUUGUUUACACGCGCACAUCCCUACCGUCUGUGGGAGAUGCCAGCUUCAAGCAGUUUCAGAGAAUCUACCUUGUGGUUUACAUGUUGGCCAUGGCUGGUGACUGGCUCCAGGGGCCACAUGUAUAUGCCCUCUACGACAGCUAUGGUAUGUCUGCCCAUGACAUUGAGGUCCUGUUCGUGGCUGGCUUUGGCUCCAGUAUGGUAUUUGGUACCAUUGUUGGAUCUAUUGCAGACAAAUAUGGUCGCCGUGCCAACUGUAUCCUGUAUGGGAUCCUGUAUAGCGGAGCCUGUAUCACCAAGCAUUUUAACAACUUCCACAUCCUGAUGGUGGGCCGACUGUUGGGCGGUGUGGCUACUUCCAUCCUAUACAGUGCCUUUGAGUCCUGGAUGGUGUACGAACAUCAUAAACGUGGCUUCAGUCAAGAUUCCCUUGGAAAUCUGUUCAGUCACGCAGUCCUUGGAAACUCUGUGGUAGCUAUAUUUGCUGGGCUCAUUGCUCAGUUCUUUGCUGACAGAUUUGGAUUUGUCGCUCCUUUCGAUGUAUCCCUUACCGUCCUCACACUGAUGACCGUGGUCAUCGUGUUUACCUGGAAUGAAAACUUCGGUGACAAGACCAGCGACCUUUCUGACAGCUUCAGCAAUGCCUUAAAGUCAAUAAAAACAGAUCAUAAGAUCCUUUGUCUAGGCCUGAUCCAGUCAUUGUUCGAAGGAUCUAUGUAUAUAUUUGUGUUAGAAUGGACCCCAGCCUUGACCCCAGAAACCCAUCACCCUGCCACAGGCACAGAACGCCAUUUAUUGUCCUCCGGCGACACCAGUAUUCCUCAUGGACACAUAUUUGCUGGUUUCAUGGUAUCCAUUAUGAUAGGAUCAUCAUUGUUUAAAAUCCUCUCUAACUAUACUAAUGUAGAGUCUUUCAUGAGAUUUGUACUAUUUGUAGCUGCUAUUUCACUGUCUACACCAAUCAUUUUUAAAGGGAACCAGCUGUUUGUAUUUAUAGGCUUCUUAGUAUUUGAGACAUGUGUAGGAAUAUUUUGGCCAUCGUUGGGUCAGAUGAGAGGAAAAUAUGUACCAGAAGCAACUAGAGCAACCAUAAUGAAUUUUUUCCGAAUACCACUGAACUUCAUAGUCGUUGUGAUACUCCUACAGGCCCUGCCAAUGAAGACAAUAUUUCAGUGUUGUGUAGUGUUCCUCAUCUUAGCCACGAUGUGUCAGCAAUGGUUGUACAGUUUGUACAGAAAAUCACAAAUGUCUGAAAAUAUUGAAAAUGGCAGUCAGAUGUCUAGUGAGAAGACCACAGAUCGACCUUUGGUUGAGCACAAGACACCUCUUCUGGAUGUGAAAGCAGAAAUGGUGUGAAAGGUCAGGUGGCAGCCAUGAGGUCACCAUGGUUACCAUACAGGAAAUUGUACCUCAUGUUGAUGAGGAAUGAAUGGCGACAUACUUGAGGAAGAUUUCAAGAAAAACAUAGCUGGUAUUUGUGUCAGGUGUAGGGAUAAAAUUGUCUUAUCUAAGAAAAGAGUCAUCGACCAUUUGACUAGGUAGAAAUAUUUACCUAGACUGUUUACAAAUAGAAAUAUUUACUGAGACUGUUUACAGACAGAAAUAUUUACUGAGACUGUGUACAAGUAGAAAUAUUUACCGAGAUUGUUUACAGACAGAAAUAUUUACUGAGACUGUUUACAGGUAGAAAUAUUUACUGAGACUGUUUACAGGUAGAAAUAUUUACUGAGACUGUGUACAAGUAGAAAUAUUUACUGAGAUUGUUUACAGGUAGAAAUAUUUACUGAGACUGUUUACAGACAGAAAUAUUUACCGAGACUGUUUACAGACAGAAAUAUUUACUGAGACUGUUUACAGAUAGAAAUAUUUACUGAGACUGUUUACCGACAGAAACAUUUACCGAGACUGUUUACAGACAGAAAUAUUUACUGAGACUGUUUACAGGUAGAAAUAUUUACUGAGACUGUUUACCGACAGAAACAUUUACCGAGACUGUUUACAGACAGAAAUAUUUACUGAGACUGUUUACAGGUAGAAAUAUUUACUGAGACUGUUUACAGACAGAAAUAUUUACUGAGACUGUUUACAGACAGAAAUAUUUACUGAGACUGUUUACAGACAGAAAUAUUUACUGAGACUGUUUACAGACAGAAAUAUUUACUGAGACUGUUUACAGACAGAAAUAUUUACCGAGACUGUUUACAGACAGAAAUAUUUACUGAGACUGUUUACAGAUAGAAAUAUUUACUGAGACUGUUUACCGACAGAAACAUUUACCGAGACUGUUUACAGACAGAAAUAUUUACUGAGACUGUUUACAGGUAGAAAUAUUUACUGAGACUGUUUACAGACAGAAAUAUUUACUGAGACUGUUUACAGACAGAAAUAUUUACCGAGACUGUUUACAGAUAGAAAUAUUUACUGAGACUGUGCACAGACAGAAAUAUUUACCGAGACUGUUUACAGACAGAAAUAUUUACUGAGACUGUUAACAGAUAGAUAUAUUUACUGAGAAUGUUUACAGGUAGAUAUAUUUACUGAGACUGUUUACAGACAGAAAUAUUUACUGAGACUGUUUACAGAUAGAAAUAUUUACUGAGACUGUUUACAGACAGAAAUAUUUACUGAGACUGUUUACAGUUAGAAAUAUUUACUGAGACUGUUUACAGACAGAAAUAUUUACUGAGACUGUUUACAGAUAGAAAUAUUUACUGAGACUGUGUACAGACAGAAAUAUUUACCGAGACUGUUUACAGACAGAAAUAUUUACUGAGACUGUUAACAGAUAGAUAUAUUUACUGAGAAUGUUUACAGGUAGAUAUAUUUACUGAGACUGUUUACAGACAGAAAUAUUUACUGAGACUGUUUACAGAUAGAAAUAUGUACUGAGACUGUUUACAGACAGAAGUAUUUACUGACUGUUUACAGGUAGAAAUAUUUACAGAGACUGUUUACAGGUAGAAAUAUUUACUGAGACUGUUUACAGGUAGAAAUAUUUACAGAGACUGUUUACAGGUAGAAAUAUUUACUGAGACUGUUUACAGGUAGAAAUAUUUACUGAGAUUGUUUACAUGUAGAAAUAUUUACUGAGACUGUUUACAGGUAGAAAUAUUUACUGAGACUGUUUACAGAUAGAAAUAUUUACUGAGACUGUUUACAGAUAGAAAUAUUUACUGAGACUGUU